CGUCAAAAAAAUCGCGUACUUUUUAACUCAGAUAUAAAAACGCAGUGCGUAUCUAAUAAACUUCAGUUGGUCGCUUGCCCCCCAAUUGGCAACUUCAAACAGUGAAACACAAGAACAAGCAAGUAAAAGAUGACUGUGGGAGAAACGUCCCCGGAUAUGGUUUCCCAAUCGGGUCUCCUAUCCGCAACAAGCGUUUUCUAUUUCCUUUUGGUACCCGCAUUGAUAUUAUGGUACGCAUAUUGGAAAUUGAGCAGACGGCAUAUGUUAGAAUUAGCAGAAAGGAUACCAGGACCUAAAGGAUGGCCCAUGAUUGGAAACGCGUUGGAAUUUAUCGGAUCUUCACCAACGAUUUUCAAACGUGUGUAUGGUCAUUCGUUUGACUUUGAGAGCGUAGUCAAAGUAUGGAUUGGUCCAAAACUUAUGAUCUUCCUUUUUGAUCCACGGGAUGUUGAAAUAAUCUUAAGCAGCCAUGUUUAUAUCGACAAAUCAACAGAAUACAGAUUCUUCAAACCAUGGUUGGGUGAUGGACUACUCAUUAGUACUGGUCAGAAAUGGAGAGCUCACAGGAAACUGAUUGCACCAACAUUCCAUUUGAACGUCCUCAAGAGUUUCAUCGAACUGUUCAAUGCCAACAGCAGAGCGACCGUAGAAAAACUGCGUAAAGAAGGAAACAAGGAAUUCGAUUGCCACGACUAUAUGUCCGAAGCUACUGUGGAAAUGCUCCUAGAAACUGCGAUGGGUGUGAGCAAGAAGACCCAAGAACAAAGCGGAUUCGAAUAUGCUAUGGCUGUCAUGAAAAUGUGCGACAUUCUCCACUUGCGUCACACGAAAGUGUGGCUCAGACCAGACUUAAUUUUCAACCUUACGAAGUAUGGAAAAAAUCAGGAGAGUCUCCUAAGCAUCAUCCACGGUCUUACCACCAAAGUUAUUAAGAACAAAAAAGAAGCCUUCAAUAAAGGCAUCCGUGGCUCCAUCGCCGAGGUCCCUAAAGAAUUGAAAAUAAACCAAGAAACAAAAGACGAAGAACCAGUCACCCAGAAAACUACCUCCGUUGAAGGAUCCUCCUUUGGACAAUCGGUUGGAUUAAGGGAUGACUUGGAUGUUGACGAUAACGACGUGGGAGAAAAGAAGAGGCUUGCCUUCUUGGAUCUGAUGAUCGAAGCAUCGCAAAAUGGAGUCGUCAUUACUGACAAGGAGAUCAAGGAACAGGUAGAUACUAUCAUGUUCGAAGGGCACGAUACAACGGCAGCUGGAAGCAGCUUCUUCCUUUCAAUGAUGGGAAUUCACCAAGACAUUCAAGACAAAGUCAUCCAGGAACUCGACGAGAUCUUUGGAGACUCCGACCGCCCAGCAACCUUUGCUGAUACGCUGGAAAUGAAAUACCUGGAAAGAUGCUUGAUGGAAACUUUGAGAUUGUACCCACCAGUACCCAUUAUUGCUCGUCAAUUACAGCAAGAUUUACAAUUAGUUUCCGGGGAUUACAAAAUCCCUGCCGGUGCUACUGUUGUUGUUGGUACUUUCAAGCUCCACCGUAGAGCCGACAUUUACCCAAAUCCUGACAAAUUCGAUCCUGACAACUUCCUUCCGGAACGUACCGCCAACAGACACUACUAUGCCUUCAUACCUUUCAGUGCGGGACCCAGAAGUUGCGUAGGUCGUAAAUACGCCAUGUUGAAGUUGAAGAUUCUGCUGUCUACCAUCUUGAGGAACUUCAAGAUCAAGUCCGACAUUGGAGAGAAGGACUUCCAGUUGCAGGGUGAUAUUAUCCUUAAACGUGCGGAAGGGUUCAAGAUCCGAUUGGAGCCAAGAAAGCCAAUGGCCAAGGCGCACUAGAGUUGUAUCUAUAUUAAUAGUCCUUAUUUUUGUUAACUAUUUAUAUUUGAUAAUUGAUGUACAGAAAUGUAAACGUUAACGAACAUGCUGCUGUUUAGUAUGUCUUUAAUAAAAAAAAAAAACAAUGGGACCCAUGA